UCCCGUACGAAAACGGUGGGCGACGCUCGAUCCCGCGCGCCGCGAGAAAUCAUAAAACCGAAGAUUGAUUAAGAAAAUUUGGAACAGUGGAACAGUAUGGUUAGAUUGCCCCCAAGCGGUUUUCUACAACGCAUAAUGAAACACGGGGUUUUCAUGGUACACGACGCACAACGGUAAUAUUUCAAGCAGAGGAUAUAUGAUUAUUAUUCCAUAUUCGCUUUCCGUUGUCGUGUUCGAGUACAGUGCGAAAACCCGCACCAGGAGAGCGAAAGAUUUAUCGUUCACGACUUUGUACAUUGACCAGUGAUCAAUGUUUUCGUGUGGGUUGAGGGUGCAUACUUAGGAACCCUCCUGGCUGAGUACUUAUACCAGUACAUUCUUUUUGUGAAGCGAACUGGAAUAUAACCUCGGAAUAUAUAGUUCACUGGUGGAAUAUAUCCCAUUUCGGAGGCACCCCUUUGUUGGCUAUGAGCAAAUAAAGGUCUACACGCUUGUUUCCGUAUUGCAACUCCACGUAUACCUACAAUGAUUCCACUGAAACUGCUCUGCUACUCCGCAAUAACGCUAUGCUUCAACGGGGCCGUGCUACGCCGCUACCUCCGGGAGGAGUUACGUCUAGCGUUCCCUUAUACUUUCCUGGUGCUUUUGCCUACGAUCGCUCAGCCAUUUUGCCAGUUAUUUCUGGGAGGAUUUUGCGGAGUGACGGUCUUUGCAGUCGCUUGUUAUUAUCUGUUCAGGAAUUUACCCCAGAAAUGCCUGAAUCCGAGAGGGAAAGCCGUGUUUGUGACAGGAUGUGAAUCUGGAUUAGCGCACUCUACGGCAGCUCAUCUUGAUUCUCUCGGCUUCACGGUCUACGCAGCUUUCCUGACAGAAGACGCUAAAGCAGAGAAGGAGCUAGCAAAGCUAUGCUCGGACAGACUGGUGACCCUAUAUCUGGACCCUAGCGACGAUAACAGAGUGACGAGUACUGUCGAAGAAUUGAGGGAAAGCCUCAACGGAAAUGAUUUAUGGGGUUUGGUGAACGGUGUGACCUGCUGCUAUUACGCAGAAUCAGAAAUCAUGCCACUGGAUUUCUACCGGAAGUUAUGGUCGGUCAAUGUCGAAGGUCAAAUAAGGGUCACCAGAGCGCUUCUUCCGCUACUCAGGAGGUCACGGGGUCGAAUCAUCAAUAUUACGGGUAUAUCAAACCGGCUUCCUGCACCGGGUUUCUCUGCCUUCUGCGCCUCCAAAGCAGCGCUGCUGAUGUACAGUGAUGUGCUGCGCUUGGAGAUGAAGAAAUGGGGCGUCCACGUAUCAGUCAUAGAGCCGUCCGAGUACAGAGCUGCUUUCAACAAAGAUGGGAGGUUAAAGAAAGCUCUUCAUCACAUGACGCACGAGCUGAGCCCGUUGGUAUCACGUGACUAUGGGGAUCAGUACUUCGACGCUGCCAUGGCAACAGUGGAUCGGGAGGAUGGGACUGACUUUACUCCCGACCAAUCAGCUCCGUGCAAAGCCAUCGAGCAUGCGCUGUUGGCAAAGAACCCUGAUGAACAUUACUCGUGCGACAAAACUUCCAUUGUGCUCGGCGCCCUAACAAGCCACGCCCCCGCGUUCAUCACAGAUACCAUUGCGAAGUUUCUGGCGGGGACGCAGAUCUCAGAGCGUUGCCUAGCGAUGACGUCAGAAGAUAAAGACUCUGGGAAUUCCCGAAAAGCUGCAGAUGAUUAUAAAAAUGACAACGUCGAGUCCUCCAAAGAUGUAACUAACAAUAUCAAUGCACAUAAUUAUCCUGUAACCACCUGAGAAAUCGUUAUAAA